AUGAGACCUUUAAGUCUAUACUACGAAGAUGAAGUGCGAAGAUGGUUGCGGUCAAACCAAGGUCAGAAGCAGAAGAGGGAAACAGAAAAGAUGUCUCGACCAAAAAAGCAAAAGAUAAUAGAAGCUAGAGUAAGCUCCGAGGAGGAAGAAGGAGAAGACACAUUAUGUUUAUUGUGUAGCGACCAAUAUUCAACAUCAACUGAAGGUUGGAUUUCUUGCAUUCAGUGUAAAAAGUGGGCUCAUUACUCUUGUGCGGGAACAGAUAGUGACGACGACGAGUCAGAACUGAUUUGUGACAUUUGUAAGCCCGAGUACCCCAUCGUGCCCCGCCGACGGGGCAGAAUGGAGCAAAAGACACUUUUUGUUUAA